ACUUCCACAUCUCCACAGCCGCCGCCCAAGAACACACCUUUCCUCCUCCCGCAGCCAGUCGUGGCCUCCCUCCCAAGACGAUGGGGCCAGGGAAGAGGACGCGCGGUGGGAAGAAGCCUCCUCGCCCUCCUGCGAUCCUUCCAGAUUCGGUGGCAACUUGUUGCCUCACUCCGACGAGCACGACGAUGGUGCCAGGGAAGAGGACGCCCGGCGCCAAGAGAACGCCUUGCGGCAAGAGCUCGCCUUCACGCUCUUCUUCAGUCCUUCCAGAUCCCGCGACAAUCCCUCACCUCUCUCCCAUGAGCAACACGAUGCCAGAGAUCCUAGAUCAGGAAGACAUCGACUUAAGCUCUUUGAGGGCACGUAAUAUAUUGAGGAACAAUCAAUAUGCUCAGCGGUUGGGUGUUCGUAGACUAGCAGAACUAUUGCAGAGUUCAUUUGCAAAGAAGAGAUCUGUUGAAAAGAGUUUUGAGAAAAAAAUCUAAGGCUUUGUUACUAGAGGAAGAUGUGGGCAACAGUAUGUUACCACCUGGUGAUUGUGUCAAAGCUGGAACAGGAAGAACAUCCAAGAGAGUGCUAGCACCAGAAAAUAAAGAAGAAACAAUGAGAUGCACUAGGCAAAGGGCUGCGAGAGAACAAAUGUCGACCACUAGCCUGAUUGAAGCCACUGAGGGUGGACUGGAACCUGAAUUCUCUGCAAACCAGAAUCAGGGCGAGACCAACAAUAUUGAACAAGGCAACCUCACUUUAAGUAUAGAAGUGGAGCCAAUGGGAUUGAACACUACUGAAGGAGGCACUCUCACUGGCACUAGACAAGUGGGGCCAAGGGGGAAGAGCAUGGGCAAAGAGAUUGAUUCCAUAAGCAGAGGUUUAGGGACUAUGAUACCAAUCAUUGUCAAGGAAGGGAAAAGAAGGCUAGAGGCUCCUAUGCAAGCUGCAAAGCUAGCCUCAGAGAGUGGGAUCAUAAUUAGGCAACAUAUACCAAUAUACACAAAUUGGACAGAGUACAAGAAGGAUCGUCAUCAACUUAAUAACUUAAAGGGCAAACUCAAAGGAAAAUUCGCCAUUGACAUCGAUAGCAAUCCUGUAACAGCUGCAUGUGAAGACAUGCUAAAGGGUGCAACACGACAGAUGAGGUAUAGGCUAAAAAAAAGUACUUUGAUGGGGUACCGGCUAAUCAAGUGAGGACUACAUCGCCCUUGAAGUGUAUGACCGAUGAGCAAUGGAGAAAAUUGGUAGACAUGUGGUCAAGCCCAAAGCACAAGGUAAUGUAUUUCAUUUUGUGUGAGCU